AGACCGUAAAUCUCUAUUGUAGAAUACAGAAUCUUGGAAUAUUUUUAUCCAAGUCUCUUUUGACAACUCAUUUUGUAAAUCUUUAUUUUGAUUUUGAUUCGUAUCUCAGAAUACUAAAAGUCUUGGAAGUUGUAUGAAGAAACAAGAUUUUUAGGUUAUGGUUCGACCGUAAAUCUCUAUCUUAGAAUACCAAAUCUUGAAAUAUUUUGAAUUUCCAAGAUUAUCCUGAAAAUUUCUUGGAAUUUUAAACUAGAAUACCAAAUCUUGGUUUUUUUCUUUAUUUUGAUCUUUAUAUUUAUCCCAGAAUACCGCCAAAAUAUUUACAAUAUCUUCUUCUCGGUGUUGUGUGCGUUACUUGGUUGUAAUUAAGAUGAUCGUUUGUUCUCCUCUUCAACUAUCUCUUGGACAAUAAAUUAUUAUGAAAAACGAUAGCCCACCUAGCUCACAGAGUGCAGAGGUUGAAGAACAAUAUGUGACAAAUAGCUAUAAGGUGAAAAGGCAACAUGAACUUCUAAAAUCUAUAACCGAGAACAAAUUGCGUGAAAUCUUAAGCAGUGAACAUCAUCUCCGGGACGUACCAUUUGACGUCACACUGGAGGAAGUGGAAUCACAGAUUAGUCUUAUCAGGGGUCAGUCGAUUACAGUACUUGUGACGCGAGAAGCUCUUCCACCGUUCAAGAUUGCGAUUCCGCAAUCUGGAACGACGGUUAGUGAUCUUAAGAAAGCUAUCGAAAAAACUUACCGUAUCAACCAACUGCGCUCUAUAAAGCGCGCACGUCAUCCAUAUUUACCAAAAGAAAUUCGGGUGGCGGCACAAGAAGAGGUGGAUAAAACACAAAUCUCUUGGAGGUAUAUUUGGCGGACUUACAUGCUGGCUUAUGGCAGCAUUAGAUUAGCUGACGAUAAUCAGCUGCUCGACACCUACGGGAUUGGAAACAGGGACGAACUACGCUUUGUUAAGCGAAAACGCGAUAAGUACACACGACACUGACCUCCACCAAUGGCUCUUAUGCGAAAUUGUUACCAUUUUUGGUUGAUACUGCUUCUUUAUGGCAUGCGGAGGGUAAUGUCUCAGCUAGAACCAAACAAUAAUCUCAAAAUUAAUGUACAUGGCUUGGAAUUAACUCAAGCGCAAAAUAUUCAGCGGCAGGAGAUGCUGCAGAAGAUGUGUGACUCUCUCAAUGGGGCAAAAGUUCCCUCAAACGAUGAUCUCACGGAGCAACAAAUGGAGCAUUUGCUUGUGGAUAAGAAACACAACUUCCUCUAUUGCUAUGUGCCUAAGGUGGCAUGUACAAAUUGGAAAAGAGUGCUAAUGAUACUCACAGAUGCCUGGAAUGGCACUGAACCACUUGAUAUUCCCGCAAAAUUAGCUCACUCACCAGGAAUAUUUGUAAAAUUCAGCGCUCUACCAGACGAGGAGAAGGCGCAAGUUUUAGCCGAUUAUACACGCUUUAUUAUCACUCGGCAUCCCUUUGAACGCUUACUCUCGGCCUACAGGAAUAAAUUAGAGGGUAAUCUUUCAAGUGCUCAAUACUUUCAAGCUCGUGUUGGGCGCCAGAUAAUAAAGCAUUUUCGCCCAAAUGCCAGCAACUUGUCACUCGCUACCGGGAAUGAUGUCACAUUCAGCGAAUUUGCACAGUACCUGCUUACACCGGAGUUAAGUAUGAAUUAUCAAGGAAAUCAGUCAUUUAACGAGCACUGGGAGCCCAUUACCAAUCUAUGCAAUCCCUGCUUAGUAAAGUAUAAUGUUAUCGGAAAGUAUGAGACACUAAUUGAGGAUUCAGCGUUGGCACUACACCUCAUAAAUGGAACGGUGACAUUUCCUGCAGGUCAGAGGACAUCUGGAACGAGUGAACGGAUGCGAACUUACUUUGAUACACUGCCUAUUGGGAUCUUGAGGGGUCUCUAUCAACUCUAUGAGAAGGACUUUAAGCUAUUUGGCUACAGUCUAGAUGAUGUAUUAGGAUUUGAAUUGGGAUGACUUAGAAAAUUGACUUUGGUUGAAUACAACCAUAUACUUAAAAAAUGAAUUACAGGAUCAACACGUUCAUUUAUCCAGAAAUUAUACUAUGUGUGUGUGUGGAAGAGUUCAAUAAUUGUGAUAUCAAAAUUGUUGAAAAUACAUGUUUUUAUACCAUUUCUUUUAUUUUGAAGUUGGUAAAAAUUCCCUAAAUUGUAAAUAAUAAAGAAAAUCUUAUACAAUAUAAAAAUAUUUAAGAUAAUAUACAAAUUGUAGUACAAAACAAAAUUAAAAUAUUUAUCCGGAA